GGCUCGCCUGGGGUUUGGGGCGUCGGCUUAGCACCGCCACUGGGCUGGGCAGACACGGAGAGGCAAGGCACAGCCGUACAGGGAGGGAGCCGGGAGCCCGAGACUGCUCUGAACUCAGGACCGGAGGGCAGCAGGCUGUACAAAGAGUGUGGGGCCAUGCCACGUCCGGACCGUUUUGGGCGCUGUCUGCCCGCGGUGCUCACCUUGUUCCUGGCUGUGAAGGUUUCCACGUGCGGUGAGGGCCCCGGCUCCCGGCCCAACAUCCUUCUCCUCAUGGCAGACGAUCUCGGCCUCGGAGAUGUCGGCUGCUAUGGCAACACCUCCAUCAGAACUCCAAACAUUGACCAGCUUGCAGCAGAUGGGGUGAAGCUAACCCACCACAUCGCUGCAGCAUCUGUGUGUACCCCGAGCAGGGCUGCUUUCCUGACCGGGAGAUACCCUAUCCGCUCAGGCAUGAUUUCCUACAAUGGUUACCGUGUUCUUCAGUGGACCGGAGUCGCCGGCGGCCUCCCACCCAGCGAGAUAACUUUUGCAAAAAUUCUGAAAGAAAAAGGCUAUACCACAGGACUAAUAGGGAAGUGGCAUUUGGGCCUCAACUGCAAGUCACCCAGCGACCACUGCCAUCACCCACUCAACCACGGGUUCGACCACUUCUACGGGAUGCCGUUCACCAUGAUGGGCGACUGCACGGGGUGGGAGCUCUCUGAAAGACGCGUCGGGCUGCAGCGCAGGCUCGACUUCUACUUCCAGGUCUUGGCCUUCGCUGCCCUCACUCUGGCAGCCGGGAAGCUCAGCCACCUGCUGCCCGUCUCCUGGGUGCCCACCCUCUCGAUCACUGUCUUGGCUGCUACAGUCUUCACGACAUCCUACUUCUUGGGUGACCUGCUGGUCCACGCGGACUGCUUCCUCAUGAGGAACCACGUCAUCACGGAGCAGCCCAUGCGCUUCGAGAAAACGACCUCGCUCUUGCUGAAGGAGGCCGAGUCCUUUCUGAAAAGGAACAAGCAAGGACCGUUCCUCCUAUUCGUUUCCUUCCUGCACGUCCACGCCCCUCUGAUAACCGGCAAGGAGUUCCUGGGGCAGAGCCGGCACGGGCUGUACGGAGACAACGUGGAGGAGAUGGAUUGGAUGGUAGGUCGGAUCCUGGGGUGUCUGGAGGAGGAAGGGCUGAGCGACAGCACGCUGGUGUAUUUCACGUCAGACCACGGCGGCUCCCUGGAGUCCCAGCUCGGAAGCCACCAGUACGGAGGAUGGAAUGGGAUCUACAAAGGGGGCAAAGGCAUGGGGGGCUGGGAGGGCGGCAUCCGGGUCCCCGGGCUCUUCCGCUGGCCCGGGGUGCUGCCCGCCGGCCGAGUGAUCCGCGAGCCCACCAGCCUCAUGGACAUCUUCCCCACCGUGGUGGAGCUGGCGGGCGGCCAGGUGCCCCGGGACAGGGCCAUCGACGGCCAGGACCUGUGGCCCCUGCUCCUGGGAUCCACGCCCCACAAGCACCUGCUGCCGCACCACGAGGUCCUCUUCCACUACUGCGAGCACCUGCUGCAUGCGGCCCGGUGGCACCAACGUGACCGAGGAAGAGUGUGGAAAGUCCACUACAUGACGCCCAUCUUCCAGCCCGAGGGAGCAGGCGCCUGCUACGGGAGACAGGUCUGCCCGUGCUCGGGGGAAAACGUGACCACGCACGACCCGCCUCUGCUCUUUGACCUUACGCGAGACCCAGGCGAGCGGCAGGCGCUCACGCCCGACACGGAGCCCGAGUUCCACGCAGUGGUCAGCAGGGUCCAGCGGGAGGUGGACAGGCACCGGCAGGGCCUGUUGCGCUCGGUCUUCCAGCAGCUGGGCACCUACCUGAACACCUGGCGGCCGUGGCUGCAGCCCUGCUGCGGCACCUUUCCGCUCUGCUGGUGCUGUCCGGAGGACGAGCCCCGGGAAGACCCCCAGUAGCACAAAGCUCAGACCCGUGCCUCGCGCUGCUGUCUCACCCCGUCGGGCCUGCCCGGGGCUGGGCACGCACUGGCAGAAGGACGAAUGCUGCCUCCCAUUGAAAUAGAAUGAGCUAAAAGGACCUGAAUUGCACAGCUCACACUCAAUAAAAUGCACCCUGCAGCGCUCACCGAGGUGUGGUGCUCAACAGUCCAGUCCGGGGCCGACCGGGGUUUGGUCAAAGCCCCCGGCCGUAACUGCAGCAGGCUGCUCUGUACCCAAAGUCCGCACCAGCCCCACCAGAAAGUUUGGAGGUCACCCAGAUUGAUGGGAGACAGCAGGCAAGCCGGGGCUGCCGUGGAGAAGCUGCCACAGACAAGGCUCAGUUGGCUUCCACUUCUGUGGGGUCAGCAAGGCGUGCAGCCCUUCCCACGGGCGCGAUGUCCAAGCAGGUCCCCCUCAGCUACAGCCCAGGGGAUUCAGGAAAACCCCAACAGAAGCAGGCUCCAAGCACUGGGUUGAAGGAUCGCUAGGUCCCGGUCCAUCGGGGCUGCCACACGCACUCCGGCUGACAGACAGCAGGGCUUGGUGCCCAGUCCUGGAGGCUGAGGUCCACUGCACUGGUCUCUCCCUGUCUCAGUCCAUCAGGGCCGCCAUAUGCAAUCCCACAGCCCGGGCGGCUGGCAGACAACAGGGCUUGGUGCCCAGUCCUGGAGGCUGAGGUCCACUGCACUGGUCUCUCCCUGUCUCAGUCCAUCGGGGCCGCCAUAUGCAAUCCCACAGCCCAGGCGGCUGGCACACAGCAGGGCUUGGUGCUCAGUCCUAGAGGCUGAGGUCCGAGGUCUGGGCGUGGCAGCGCCCGCUCCUCUGAGGGCUCACUCCUGGGCUCCCUGUGUCCUCACUCGUGCGUCCCUCUGUGUGUGUCCGCGUCUUCCCGUCCUCUUCUCAGAAGGACCCAGCCCUGGGCUCAGGGCCACCCUGGGGACUCAGUUUACCUUCACGCCUCUUUAAGGCCCCGGCUCCACACAGCUGCAUGGAGAGUUAAGGCUUCCACCCCGGAAGCUGAGAGCUUAAUGCAACGCAGCCCAGAAAGCUUUCUGUGCUGGGAUUUUGCAGCUCUGCUCUCUGCCUGGGGUUCACUCAGCAGCUCCUGGGGGCGAGGAAGCAGCACCCCAAGUCGAGCACUUCUGGCCCCAGUCCACUCCCCAACCAUUGUGGGUUACGGAAAGAAAUGCAGCUGCUCACCGUGGGACCCCAGUCUCCUGCCAAUCUCUGCCUCAAGGCAGAGGCAGCUCCGCAGCAAAUCACAUUGCCGGGUCUUUUCCCUCCCCUGCAGACCCCUCCACAGCAGCAGUGGAGUUUGCCUGUUUGAUUUUGAUUUGUUUUUUGAGAUAGGGCCUCACCAUGUAGCCCAGGCUGACCUCGAACUCAUGGGCAUCCUCCUGACUCAGCCUCCCGCAUCCUCGGAUAUCAGGGGUGCACCACCACGCCCGGCAGUAAAUAUAUGUUCAAUCCAGGUUAUUUUGGGCUUCAGAGUACAUCCCCAUCUAUACCUGACACACACCUGUCAAUCCAUCCGUAUUAAUAUAACGAAGACAUCCACAGCCCUUGCAGCUAAAAUCAAUCAACAAACUUGUCAAGACAAAGCAAGGAGUGUUAGGGUCAGGGAGGUCAGGCUAAACUACAGGCGGCUGUGCUCGGAUAGGACGCUUGGAUUUUAUGGGACAGGAGACGUAAUGCGAUUAAGUCAAGCAGUGAAGCCAUCCAGUGAUUAGUGCAGGAUUUUUACUUCACUGAGCUGCGCUUUUAUCUUCUGGGGUCAGCUUUGCAGCACACGGUGUUGUUUACACGCCACGUGUGCAGCUGGAUGCACCUUUCACCUCCUGCUCCUCAUCCUAGGCCCCCAAUCUGGGUUUUCGCCUCCCCUGUGAGAAGGCUCUGUCUCCCCCUGGCUGCCGCCUGUCUUAACUCCUCUCCCCGUGUGCGUUCCGGGUUGCUCGAGAAGAGAAACCCUGCAGCCUCGGAGCUUCGGGGUCUGACGUUUUCCCUCGGUGUCACCGUGCAGUCGGCCGUGCCGGGUGGACACCGGAGCCUCCCCUGCCAUUGUGGGGGACUCGGAGAAAGAACGGUGCAGAGUCACCCUGAUCGCCAGGGGGAGCCCAGGAGGAGCCAGAAGAUGACUGCUCAGGCGUGCAGAGGGAGGACAGGGGUGAAGAGCAGGACUGGAACAAGCCGCCCGUCUGUCGGGGAGAAUUCAGGUUUGCUUUUGCAAGGGCUGGAGAAGGAGGAGCGAGGUGGACACGACAAAUAUAACUUUUUCUGGAUUCCUCAGGCCCUUGCGGGUCUUCCGUGGACAGCUGCGUGGCGUCUGCAGUCUUAGGAGGAAGCUGAGUUGGACAGAGCCCACUCGGGCGGCCGGGCCGGGCCAGGCCGGAUUUCCACAUAGCAGCCAGCUG